AUUAUAAUCCCCUACACGUCGACGUCGGCAAUACUUGGCAACGCGGAGGAUGAAUUUGCAAAUAAGAAGAAGGAAAGCCCCAAUUCCCAAAUUGCAUACACGCAAAAACAUUGAUUUCAAAUAUGGACGUGUUUGGGAUUGGAUCCGUCUAAUUAAAACCCCAUUCUUCCUUCUCUGAUUUCUCCUACCGUCUCCAUCAAACUACCUUGUCGACCAGCUGAAAUUUGUGUGAGAAUUGAAGAAAUAGAAGAAGAAGCUGAAGCGGAAGUGAAGAGAAACAAGAUGAUCCAGUUGCUGUUCAGCCUGAUAUUCGCGGAGAUGGCGCUGAUCGUGGCGUUCGUGUUCAAAACUCCUCUGAGGAAGCUGGUCAUAAUGGGGCUGGACCGCCUCAAGCGCGGCCGCGGCCCAGUCGUCGUGAAGACCAUCUCCGGGACUCUCUUCGUGCUCAUGGUGGCUACCGUCUACAAUGUGGUGGCGAUCCAGAGGCGUUGGAUCCAAGAUGGCGCUGAAGUUAAUCCCACCGAUCAGGUCAUCCUCGCCAAGCACCUUCUCGAAGCUUCUCUCAUGGGAUUCUCCCUUUUCCUUGCCCUGAUGAUUGACAGGCUGCAUCACUACAUCCGAGAACUGCGUAUAAGAAGGAAGAGCGCUGAAGCAGUGAAAAAACAAAACCGAGUAUUUGAUGAUAACAGGCCUCCAGCGCCUGAGGAAAUCAAAGUACUGGAAGACGAGAUGAGUAAAAUGCGUGGAAUGAUAGGUAAGCUAGAGAAACAGCUUGAAGAAAAAAAUAAAGAGGCAGGCAGUGCGGAAGCCAAUGCAAUGGCCUUGAAGAAGCAAUCAGAAGGCUUUCUUCUUGAAUAUGACCGCUUGCUUGAAGAGAACCAAAACCUUCGAAGCCAACUGCAAUCUCUAGAUCGAAAAUUUUCCUUUUCUGAGAGCAAAAAAGUAAUGUAAGGCACCUUACUAUAUAGUGUGGUUUUUCUUUUCUGGUUUUCUAGCACGCACUUGUGUUGUUAUACAGCAGCAGCAGCACCAGUUUCCUCCAUGUUCAAGUAGAAAGAGGCUCCAUAUUUUGUUUUCCUUUUCUUCUUUUAGUUAUUUCCACAAAGAACAAAUACCCAAAAAUGAUAAAUAGUCUUUCGUUGA